UCAUAAAUCAUAACAGUACAGUAGUGAGUAGUCAGUUACAGUUAUUUUCAGACUGUGCUGUAUUUCCGAAUAGAUUGAAGAUUCAAAGACUACUUUCUUCACAACAAUUAAUUAUUUAGAAUCAAAAUUUUCAUUGUGAAUAGUGCUAGUGAGUUAGUGACUAGCGAUUCCUCGUCGGCAGCGCCGCGUUACGGUUUUCCGUUUUAGCAUUGCCUCUGUAUCGCAUAAAAUCACGUGCGUUAAGGAUUAGUGAUCUUGCAAGUAGUGCCUUGUUUAAUUUGAUGCCUGCUGCUGCUGGGUCAGAACAGGUGCGCAGAGCUGGCUGCUGAGAGGCUGUUCCUGCGAAACACGAGAAGCGGCGCCGGCGCCGGCUCCGCCAGCGGCAUGGAGUGCGGCGUGGCGGGAGCGUACCCCGCGCCCCCCGCGCGCGCCUCACACCCCGCGCUGUCGCCCACCGAGCGCUCGCCGGCGCGGGCGGGCCUUCAUGUCAACUUCUGCGACAAGGGCGAGGUAAAGGAGCGUCGUGAGAAGUUUUUAACAGCAAAGUACGGCAGCCACCAGAUGGCGCUGAUACGAAAACGUCUCGCCGUCGAGAUGUGGCUGUACGACGAGCUGCAGAAGUUGUACGAGUGUCCGGGAGCAGGUUCAGGUCCGGGGGCGGAGGCCGAGGUGGAGGUGGACGUCGACGAGUUGCUUGACAUGGACAGCGAUGAGCAGCGCCGCGCGCGUCUGAACAGUAUAUUAAUAGAUGCCAAGAAACCCCAGAAGGAUGUAAAUAAAUUUAUCAACGACUUGUUAGAGAAAGCAAAAACCCUGUGAAUUUGCGAACAGCGAGUAUGGCGAGUGAGGACUCGGUGUGCCGCACCCAGUGAUACAACGGAGGCGGGCGCGGUAGCGGGAGCGGAAGCGACUCGUGAAGAUACUGCCCUUAUAACGUAUUCACAUGUAGCGAUUUAAGAUAAUCAACUAGUAAACUGCUUUUUAAAUCGUCCGAAUAGACUUUAAACAAAAUGUAAGCGACAAAAAUAGUUUCGAUAAAAGUUUGAAACCAUUAGGUAUACUUUUAUGACUUCAACCCAUUUAUUGAAUGUUAUUUGACACGUCUGAACUUUUCAAUUUCAAUAAUCAUUUCUUUUGUAUUCGUUUUUAUUAUUACUGUAAUAUUUUUAAUUGAUAUUCUGAUAUAAAUCCAGUCAUGAAACCAUAAAUUUUUAGACAAAAUCUUUCUCACUAGUGGCGUAGCGUGCCUUGGCGUUACUCCGUAUAAAAAUUGGCUUGGGGGACUUUGUGAAGGGUAAAAAUUUUUCACAAAAAAUUUUUUUGCAUAAAAUUAAACGAAAUAUUUAUUCAUCAUAUUUAUCUUUCUGUCACUAUUUCCUUACGCGCGUCGGGGCCCCCACGUCCCUGUUUCUCACACUAAUAAUAAAUUAUGUUCAUUUACAAAUAAUAUUACUAACAAACUCCUGUGUUUUUUUAAAUAUCCGCCAUUUUGUUUACAAUGUUUGAUUGAACCGGUUGAAUUUGUACAUUGAAAUUCGACUUAAAUUUUAGGUUGUGAAUCGAAAAAAUCGCUCCAUGUGAACCCGUUGUUAUAUAGUAAAUAGUUACUUGUAUAUACUUAAUGUAAUACUAGUGUGCUAAACGUGCCCCGUGCAUUCAUUACACUGCGACCCAUUGAGGUUAUAAUUUAUACCACGUACUAGAGAACACUCAACGUCAACUCACAAAAUCUAUGGUAAGUGUUUCAAACACUGACCUCUACUAUUUACCACUGGACUGGUCGCUGUCAAAGUUCUUUUGUGCCUGUUUGAUAUUCGCCAAUUUGGCGCUGUUGGCCAUGUAGCGAGAGUCUGCGCUACUAAAACUAGUGAUCACAACCUCAGCUAAACAUCGAUAGGAAAACUAUUUACAAAAAAAAAAUGUGUACUUUAUUGACGUUGAUUCCUGAAGCAUAAAUAACACGGAAAACGACCGAAAUUAAUUCAAAAUGCAAUAAUACGUCAGAGUACUAUACGCUUCUCUCACCAGCCGUCAAAAUUAGUUGUCUGCACGCUCGCGAGCGGCGCUUCAAAUUGGCACAAAAGAUUUGCUGUCAAACAUAUGGAACAGCCUGUCUAAUGAUAUUUAUACUGGUCAGUGGUUUGAAACAAAACCCACAUGUGAAUGCCAGUUUUUUGUUUAAAAUAUGCCUUCGUGUGUAUUGAGAUUUAAUAACUCUCAUAAAACAUUAAUCUCGUAGUGAAAUUUUUUAGUCUCAUAUGGCGUUUUUAAAAUAUGCUUAAUAUAAAUAUAAUUUGUAGACUUAACUCCUGUCGACGUGACAUCGUAGUGAAAACUGGUACUUAUAUAAUUACUAGCUGACCCAGCGAACUAUGUAUUUCCAUAUAAAGUAAUAAAAAAAUGCAAUAAUUAAGAUUUUAGGGCUAUAUAGACGACGGCCUACUAAAUAUAUCGAACUACAAUUAUUAUAUUCGAUUGCCAUCUUGCAACCCUAUUGCGGAUCUGUGGAUGGAACAGAAUAAAUUGAAUUGAAAAUUGACAGAAAAAAAAAAUUUAGGGGUGGGUCACCCUUAUCAUUUAGGGGUAUGAAAAAUAGAUGUUGGCCGAUUCUCAGGCCCACCUGAUAUGCAUACAAAUCGGUUUAGCCAUUUCGGAGGUGCUUGAUUACAAACACCGGGACACGAGAAUUUUAUAAAUUAGAUAAACAUUGAAUGAAUGUGAUUGUCAAAGAGUUUUUGUAAGACAUUUGUAUGCGCAGUUUUUACUACCGAGGUUUAAGGUUAAUAAUAAUCUGAUAAUAAAAUAAUGUUAGAGAAUACAUCUAGUUAAUUUGUGUUUUAGAGAUAUGAUAAAUAAUCAUCUGAUACGUACUGUAAGGAAUAAUAAAUAGAGUUAUAUUAAUUUUACCAGUAAUUACAACUCCUUUGUGUAACCAGUAAGUUGUUACCUAUAACAACAUUCUGUAGCAUCUAGUAUUAGUAAUCCUUAAUGUUUUAAAGUAAACAAUUUGUUAUGUUUUUAAAGUGAUAAUCCUCACUUCUGGAAUUAAUUGAUGCGGGACUCCAACCCGCGAUCUCUCGCGUUACGUGCGAACGCUCUUUCCAACCGUUCGAGUAACGAAUCGUUUAUAAAAUCUUGUAUGCUUUGUUCUUUUAUCUUAUAUGUUGUGUUUUAAACUAAUUAAUUUUAUUGUUUGGUUUAACGGUUUCUCGGCCGUGUCAUGAAACGAGAGAAUCAUACAACCGAACCAUAUUUGAUAAAAUGUGUACCUUAUACACAUACCCUAACAUAUCCAAAUAUUGUAGAAUUUUAAAAAUAUUACUUCUUUUUUUACUAAUUUCCUCCACGUUCCAAUUAACAAUUAUUGAAAGAAUGAAUAUGGGUACACUAACAUAUCUUAGUAUUGUGGAAUUUUCAACAAUAUAACUUCUUCCGGAAUAGGUUAGCGUAGUAUAUAUUACCUCAAUGGCAGGAACCUCCUCUAUGUAUUGUAUCACGCACAUUAGCCACAUUGUCGAGACGAAGUAGGAGUAAGGGCUCGCGCCUCUCAUAUCGUAUUUGUUAAACCGUUUACCAUUAUGUUUGAUAUUAAUUUACUGUAACGAUUGAUAUUUUAGAAUAAUGCUUAGUAAUGAAUAGAUAAUAAUGUAGCAACAUUGUGGUAGCGUGCGUCUGUAUGUGUUGUGAAGCCAGCGGGGGGCGGGGCGAAGGAAGUUCACCGACCCCGCCCACACACACACACACAGUACGCGGUAGCCGUGGCGGAGCUAGUCGGUCGGGUUGUUCUAUUUCUAAAUAGCAAGUGAUGAAUAACAUUUUGUAUUAAAUAAAUUGAAUAUCGCUGUA